AUGGAGUACAGCAACGAUGCCACGAACACCGGCGCGGCGCAGCCUUACUUCGGUCGCUCCAUGUCGCCGCCGUCGCAGGUGUCGUCUGAAGGCUCGCCGCCCCCAGCAGUAUUCCCCUUUGCGGGCAACGUGCCGUCCUCGCCGCCGACGGUGGUGCUCAGCCCCUGCGCGGCGUGCAAGGUCCUCCGGCGCCGCUGCGCCGACGGCUGCAUGCUGGCGCCCUACUUCCCCCCGACCGAGCCCGCCAAGUUCACCACCGCCCACCGUGUCUUCGGCGCCAGCAACAUCAUCAAGCUCCUCCAGGAUCUGCCGGAGCAUUCAAGGGCGGACGCGGUGAGCAGCAUGGUGUACGAGGCGGAGGCGCGGCUGCGUGACCCGGUGUACGGGUGCGCGGGGGCGGUGUGCCGGCUGCAGAAGGAGGCCAACGAGCUCAAGGUGCAGCUGGCGCGGGCGCAGGCCGAUGUCCACAGCGUCCAGGCGCAGCACGCCAACCUGCUCGCUAUCGUCUGCGUCGAGUUCGCCACCCAGCACCAGCAGCAGCACCCGCCGCCUCCACUGGUCGAUCAGGUGGACGGCUUCGGCGCCGACGUCGGCGGCGCGGUGUACCCGUCGCUCUGCACGGACUCAGAUGAUCUGGAAUAUAUCAGCGGCGUGGGAAGAGGCCCGGCAACAGCUAUGGACCUGAUGACCAUAAGCACGGAAGCUCUGUACACUAGUAGUUACGCUAGCUAG